CAAGCCGUCCCUCACACCCCACCUCCACGCCCUGUCUCCCCCACCUUCACUGUGAGCUGCAGCCCCCAUGUCCCUGCCGUCCCCCUCACCCUCCCAGGAGCUGUGUCCACCUGACCCGGCAUUUGCGCCUUUGUCUUCGUGGCCCGGAAGUGGCCCCGCCGGCGGAAGCACGAGAAGUGGCCACGUGCUGUACAGCGGCUGGCUGAGGAAGUCGCCCCCCGAGAAGAAGCUGAGGCUCUUUGCCUGGAGGAAACGCUGGUUUAUCCUGCAGAGGGGCCAGACUAGCAGUGACCCAGAUGUUCUGGAAUACUACAAGAAUGAUGGCUCCAAGAAGCCCCUGCGCACCAUCAACCUGAACCUCUGUGAGCAGCUGGAUGUUGGUGUGACUCUGAACUUCAACAAGAAGGAGAUUCAGAAGGGCUAUAUGUUUGACAUCAAGACCAGUGAGCGUACCUUUUACCUGGUGGCUGAGACCAGGGAGGACAUGAACGAGUGGGUCCAGAGCAUCUGUCAGAUCUGUGGCUUCAGGCAGGUUGAGGAAAGCACAGGCUUCCUGGGAAACAUUUCCUUGGCCAGUCACGGCCCCUGCUCUUCUCCAGCUGAGCCCAGCCGCUCCCAUCAGCACCUCCCCCAAGAACAAGAACCCACAUCUGAGCCCCUGGUGUCUCACUGUGUGCCGCCCACCUGGCCCAUCCCUGCACCUCGGGGGUGUCUCCGCUCGCACCAGCACGCCAGCCAGAGAGCAGAACAUGCAAGGAGUGCCAGCUUCUCCCAGGGUUCUGAGGCCCCAUUCAUCAUGAGGAGAAACACAGCCAUGCAAAAUCUUGCCCAGCACAGUGGAUACAGUGUUGAUGGGGUCAGCGGUCACAUCCAUGGCUUCCAUAGCCUUUCCAAGCCGAGCCAGCACAAUACAGAAUUCAGAGGCAGCACCCACAGAAUCCCCUGGAGCCUGGCAUUCCAUGGCCACACCAGAGGCAGCCUCACAGGCUCUGAGGUGGAUAAUGAGGGUGUGUACCCCUUCAAGGCACCCAGAAGCACCCUGUUCCAGGAGUUUGGGGGCCACCUGGUGAACAAUAGUGGUGUUCCGGCCACCCCACUCUCAGUGCACCAGAUUCCUAGGACAGUCACGUUAGACAAGAACCUCUAUGCCAUGGUGGUGGCCACUCCUGGGCCCAUAGCCUCCCUUCCCCUGCCCAAGGCAAGUCAGGCAGAAGCAUGUCAGUGGGGCAGCCCUCAGCAGAGACCUUUAGUCAGUGAAAGUAGCAGGUGGUCUGUUGCUGCUGCCAUCCCCAGGCGGAAUACCCUUCCUGCAGUAGACAACAGCCGAUGUCACCAAGCUUCCUCCGGCAAGUACACCCAGCAUGGUGGAGGGAAUGCCAGCCGGCCUGCUGAGUCCAUGCAUGAGGGAGUCUGUUCUUUCCUGCCAGGAAAAACACUUGUGGGCCUGUCAGACAGCAUUGCUUCUGAGGACAGCUGUGUGCCCAUGAACCCAGGCUCCCCGACCCUGCCGGCUGUGAAGCAAGCAGGCGAUGAUUCCCAGGGUGUCUGCAUCCCUGUGGGCUCAUGUCUUGUUCGCUUUGACCUGCUUGGCUCCCCACUCACAGAGCUUUCUAUGCACCAAGACCUCAGCCAGGGACAUGAGGUCCAGCUGCCCCCUGUCAACCGCAGCCUCAAGCCUAACCAGAAAGCAAACCCAACACCGCCCAACCUGAGAAACAACAGGGUCAUCAAUGAGCUCUCCUUCAAGCCACCUGUCACAGAACCCUGGUCUGGGACCAGCCACACCUUUGACUCCAGCUCCUCCCAACACCCCAUCUCCACGCAGAGCAUCACCAACACAGACUCAGAAGACAGUGGAGAGAGGUAUCUUUUCCCGAACCCGGCAUCUGCAUUUCCUGUUUCCGGUGGCACCAGCAGUUCAGCCCCGCCGAGGAGCACUGGUAACAUCCACUACGUGGCCCUGGACUUCCAGCCGAGCAAGCCAUCCAUAGGCUCUGUCACGUCCGGCAAGAAGGUGGACUAUGUCCAGGUGGAUCUGGAGAAGACCCAGGCCCUGCAGAAGACCAUGCAUGAACAGAUGUGCCUGCGGCAGUCCUCGGAGCCUUCCAGGGGCGCCAAGCUGUGACUCGGGCCACCAAAACCAGAGUGGGGCCAGGACAGUGCCUCAGAGCUGCUCCUCCACACUGUAAAGCUCUGUAAUAUCAGGGACCGCAUCCCUUACAUAGAGAGCAGAGGCCUGAUCAAUAUACAUCCUUUGCCUGCUUGGGGCCCACCUGUGCCUUUGGCUGGCCAUGGUCCCCACCUUCACCCCCUUACUAGGAGCAGUUGCCAGCAAGCAUCCUCAGUCUCUUCCUGCCCCUCAGACCUGGGCUCCCAACAGAUUUCCACUCUCACACUUACUCAUGGUCCUCAGCCUCUUCCCUCUAGCCUCUGGGCUGUUUCCCUCAAUCCUGGAACAUGAGGAGCUACCUUGCUGACCCGGGGACCCAAGGCCCACAGGCCACAGUGGACAUGGACCUUUUCAGCCCUGGCAUUUUUUGGUCAGGGGAGAGGCAAGGCCAUCAAACGUUGGAAUAGUUGAGAAGGAAGGUUAAAGGUGGUCUUGAGAAGCAAAGGAAUUAGAUCCUUAGACCAGCAGGGCAGCUUAUACCUGCAAGGGCUCCCACUUUCAGACUGAGGCCAGAGUAUGGCAGCUGCUCCCGGGUGGGAGAGGCAGAGAGGGAAGGGCAAAAGGAAGGGAAAACAUGAAGACGAACAGCCGAAAGCCACAAGAAGCAGGGCUGGAGCUCCAGAGACUGGGGUGACAAGGACCAGGGUCAGGGCCCCAGAAAUCUGGAGCUGCAGGCUGGCUCUGCUGCUCUUUGCUGAUGCCCCUUGGGGGGCCCUUGCCUGCCUAAGAAGGCUUGAUCUGAGCUGGGCAAAGCAGCAACUGAUGGGGGAAAUACCUGCAGGGUGAGGGGUGGGAUGGGGCAGGGAGCGAGGGAGGAAGGGAGCAUGUGCAGAUGGAGAUGGCUCAGGGCUGAGGGGGUCCUGGGACAGGCAGGGGCCCGAGGCAAGGCCCAGGACUCUGCAGUGCAGGUGGUGCAGCACGUGACCUUCUGUGAAGGGGCAGAGCAGUGGGGAGGGCACAGAGGGAACCCAUGAGAGGCAAGGCCGGGGAGACAGCCAGGGAGAAGUGGGGAAAUGUGGCCAGGGGCCCUGGGGGCAUGCCAGAAGUGGUGAAAGGAAUACAGGAGCAGAAGGUGAAGGGGGGUCUGCUAUGCAUGGGAGCAGUGUGGGAGGCCAGCUGGAGGGGCAUCUGGGACGUGGGUAGAGCCUGCAGGGAGGACGGCCUGGGGUGGGGCUGGGGCUGUGCCAGGCCGUGUUUCCCUCUCACUUCGCCCUCUUCCUUGGCGUUCCAGUGCCACAUUGGACUCAAACUUGGCUAUGGGGACAGGAGAAGCCAGUCUCCUCCUCCUGUGACUUGAGAGAUUCUCAGAUCGCAGGUUCAGAAGGUAGGCCCUCACCCAGGGCUUCUUGUGCCAAAGUUCAGGUAGGGAUCUGAAUUUUUUGUUGAAAGUUUUUGACCAAAAUUUCGAAGAGUUUCAGAAUGAACAGGGCAGAGCGGACACUUCAUCCUACCUUGGGGUGAACAGACUUUCCUCCUCCAAAAAAUGACUGCCCACAGGGUUUGAUGGAGGCGGCCUCCACACCCUGUCAGCACCUGUGAGCACCACACUUCACCAGACCAGGGGCCUGGCUGGCUUCUGGGGAUCCAUCCCUCAGCAGGAGCCCUCUCCCCUGGCAGCUCAAAGGCUCAGGUGGCAAGGCCCCGGGCUUAGGCACUGAGGACACGGAGAAUCUAUUAGACCUUUUCCCAAACGUGACAAGGUCACAUCAGUGAGGGAAAGAACAAGGACACAGACAGUGGUGAUGGCCAAGAUAGGCUGAAGAUGCUGAUGGGGUGCACAGGAAGUGAAAACUCCUCAGGGAGUGGAGGCAGAGAAGGUGGUUUUUAGGACAAGGGGUGCCUGAAUUAGUCUUGAGAGGUUAGGUCAGAUUUUUGCAGGGAAGGAGGGCAGGGCCAGGCUGCAGUGGAGGAAGGAACGACAGACUGGAAAAGCCUGUGCUGAGGGGCCACAGGAGCUUUGGAGGGCAGGUCCAGCUGCUCAGAACUGCAGGGGCCGGGCCUUUGUGCUCCCACGGGUGGAAUGGUGAUGGCCGUGUGACCACACUGGGCAGAGCGUGCAGGGUGCUGGCUCACUGGCCCAGCCCUGACUGUGUCCCUGUAAGGUCCUCUACAAGGGGUCCCAUACAGCACAGCUCUUAACUGCCAUCCCCUGUCCCCAGCUGACUACAGUGGGGCCCAGUAUUGAUCUCAGCUCCCAGCCCAGCCACCUUCCCUGUUGAUCCCAGGCUGCUAAGAAAGUGCUGCAUGUUCUGAGUGUGCAUGGUGUGCACGAACCUGGUGGAGGCUUCAGAGACUGAGGUGUUCAAGUCCCAUCUCCAGAGGGGUUCCUUCCAGCUCUUGGUUCCUGUGACCACCAAACCCUGAGGGUGAAAGUAGGGGUGGAGAUGGAAAGAAGGACAAGAGAAGAGGACACUGGCCUAUUGGAAGCAGAGCUCUACUCCCAAGCCUGGACUCCAGCCAUGUCUAGCAUGUGUCCCCCCCUCCACCCACCAUCCCAGAAGGAAAAGUCAACUCAGCUUAAUACAGGGGUCCUUGGACCUAUCUUGAGGUUAAAGUCCACCUCCCCUGGUGGCCUGGCCAGGACUGAGAGCCCAAAAAGGGACACCUCAGCCAAUGCAGCUCACAUGGGGGCUUGUCCUGCUGGGCUCUCCAGGGGAGCCGUCUUCACCCACCCCCACCACCUGCAAAGUUAGAGCAGUCAGGUGGGAACAAUGAGAAACGGGCAAGGACAUCUCCCUAGGACUUUGCUUUCCCAUCUGUGGAGUGGGUGGUUGGAUUCGAUGUUGUCUGGCCCCUUCCUAGGCUGAGGCUCUGCUGGUCUCGGAGCUCCUUGCUCUGUUACUUCUCUCUGGAGGCUCUGCAUUGCAAGGGAUGAGCAGCACGAGAGCUUUGGCCAAUUAGUCCCUUUCUGGCUUGAUACGGACAACUUCUUCAUUUCAAACUAUUAAAAUAGACCACAUUCCUACGGCAGAAGCACAACCAUUCUGGUUAUGGGAACAUAGGCUCAGCUGUAGUCUGCCUUGUGGUCCUUCAACGUGCUGUGAGGCUGUCAUCUCGGUCCCAGGCCCUGGCACAGCAUCACCCACAUGACUGUGACCCCCAGGGACAUGCAGGACAGGGAAGUGAGCACUUCCGUUCUGGGCCUGGGCCUUGAUCUGGGAAGUGUGGGGGAGGGGAGGCUGACCUGCAGAGCACUAAGAGCAUCAUUCUGGGAUACACCAGGCCCCUGAGGCCUGGGACGAUGGCCGUCUGCCUGCUGAGAGCCCACUGCAGAGUCAGGCUGGUAUGUUUGGUCCAGCGGUGUGUGUCCUUGUGUAUUUGUUGGCUACUUGUAUCUUGCUGUUUAGAAUCAUUUUGUACAGAAUGUUUGGUUUCUCAUUAAGAGAAAAUGGGCAAGAAGCCCAGUCUUAAGUUCUUGUCUUGGUACCAUUUAAAAUUGACAUUUCAUUUUUCAAAUCACUGUUGGUGCCUAAUCACUGAAGUUAUUCCAUUUUCUUUUAAAAUGUUUGUUAUGUGUAUUUACCCUGUGAGCACACCUGGGGGUGACAGGAGUGUGCUCAAGUGGCUAUCAUUUCUGCUGUGGUCACUGGACAGGCCUCGUGCUGGCAGGCUCCUUUGUACUGAGGCACUGGAGCAGGACGGCAGUGAAGUUCAUAAGGAAUACAGCCCAGGGUGGGCUGCUUGGGUCUUUCUGGGAGUGGAGCCCACACUCACUCAAGUCUCACCUUAGGCUGAGCCUGAGCACCUGGCUGCCCUGGGCAGGCACAGACACACACUGUCAACAAGAAAACCAUUUCAGAAUCAUUUCUCCAAUGACCCAGGAAGGCCACUGUGCCAGUCUGUUCACUUCAUCUUAAAUAGGAAAUAGGUACUUUUCCUGGCUCAGAGAGAAAAUAAAUUCUCUUUAUCACAGAA